UCGCCGGAGAUGCCACUGGCCGCCAGCCCAGGACGACACACCGAUGAAGAAGGCGAAGAGGAAACAGGGCAACGGUCAAGAGCACAAGUCGAUACUUUUCAACAACAAAACGCUGACUCUGAAUCGACCGAUGCUAGAGGACACCUUGCGUUUAGCUGGGUAACCCUUCCCCUACUGGCAACCAUGCGUUUUGGAAGCGCCCUCCUCAUUCAUUAGAGCAUCACCGGCACAAGACCGAGCCCGGGUUGGUAACUCAGCUAGCAGACCGAACAAAACACUCCAGCCACCUUUAAUCCAGUGGGAAGCCUGACAGCAGCAGCUAUGUUGGCAGCUACGUUGGCGAGGACAGCUCUGAGCAGAGGCAUCACCGCCCACCGCCUCAGCAAGAAUGUCACUUUCUACGUGAACGAGUUCGCAUCCCCGGGCUCAGCGUGUCAGACCCAAGCCGCUGAGGAGCGCAGACCCCUUAUGCUGCUACUGCCGUGGUUGGGCUCCCGUCCCCAAGCUGUGGCCAAGUAUUGUGAAAUCUACUUCCGUACCGGCUUCGAUGUGCUUGUAGUGGAGAGUGAGGUGCAAGAGUUCCUGUGGCCUCGCUGGGGUCUGGAUCAUGGAAAGAGGUUGCUGGAGUUGCUCCAGAGUGAACGCUUCGCAUCCCGCCCACUCCUUGUCCAUGCCUUCUCUAUCGGUGGGUUCACAUUUAGUCAGCUGCUGGUACAUGUGUCUCAGGACACACUGAAAUAUCAGUCGUUCACAAAGAGGAUCAAAGGCCAAGUCUUCGAUAGCUUGGUGGUGGGCUCUCUUGAGACGAUGGCCACAGGUCUAGCUAAGACUGUAUUUCCUCGUUUGGAGACACUGAUAAAACCAGUAAGCCUGCUAUACUUUGGCAUAUUCAGACACCAAACGGUGGAGUACUUUAACAAAAGCAUCGAUGUGUUUUGGAACACUCCCGUCCCCGCUCCUGCACUGUUCUUCUUUUGCGAGAACGAUGCGUUAAGCGACGCACAAACCUUGGAGGGUUUGAUCGAGUACUGGCAGAAGCGCGGGAUAAGCACCACAGCAAAGAAGUGGGAGGAUUCGACACAUGCAGGUCACCUAAAGAGACACCCAAAAGAGUAUCUGACCAUCCUAGAUUUGUUCCUUCAUUCACUCCACUUCACUCCACUGAAGGCGAAGAUGUAAGAUACAGUUAUAUUAGCUUGACUUUUCUUGUUUUCUGUGUUUAACCUAUAAUCCUUGUCAGCUUAUGGCAUGUUGCUUUAACUUUGGGAAAAUACAUUAAUUAACGAUAUAUUCAGCUUGCAGUUAUGUGCAGUUUAAUUCAAGUUUGAUGAAGUGAUGGGGAAAAACAAUCAGAUUUAUUCUUCAUUAGAGUGUAACUUCACCCCUAGGUCUGAGCCUAACUCCGCCCACUAAGUAAUUUUAGAAAAUUGCUAAAAAGUGGGCAAGCGGCUGAGCAGGAAGGGGCGGUGGGCAUGGAUAUGUGAGGCAGGAUUUGCUCAGGGAAAUCCCCAGGCCGGAGAGAAAAAUGGAGAGCAACACAGAAUCGAAAGGCACAUAUGAACAAGGGCUGUUUGGAAGUGGUCUUUUCCGCUUCAGACUCCCCUGAAGUAGACAUUAGUGUGUUGGACCAUGGUGGUCCAGAGCGAUACCAGUUUGAGCAAUUGGCUCCAGCCCCAGUAAUGCCCGAAGCUGGGGCUCUCGGAGCCAAGCAUGUAGUUAGAAUAGUAAUCUUGUUAAAAAUGCUGACUGCAAAUGUACAUAACAGGGUGUUGCUAUCGAGGCACCUGCUGCCAUCUGCAACCAUGGCCGAGCGAUAUGAAGGUCUGAAGGGAAAGAAUGAAGGCCAGUGGUGCUUCUACGGCCAUCAAAAGCUCAAGUCUGUACCAUUGUACCAAUAAAUUGUAAAAUACUAAGUAGAGGGUUAGCAAAAAUAGUGUAAACUCCUGUGAAUGAUAAGGCUCAAUCAGUAUAUAUUUGAAA